AUGGAAUCCAGUACAAACCCAGAUCCUGCUGCGCUGGCCCUACAAAUCCAGUCGCUAUCAGCAACCGUGGAAGAACUCACGAGACAGAACCAAGAAAUGAAACAACGACUACUACAAGAAAGCAAUCGUGCAGAAAGGGGAGACGACGAAGACAGCAACAGAAGGCGAACCAGCACUCCGGAGGAAGCAAGCUCAGAUCUUUUGAGAGAAAUGAGGAAAGAGAUGGACGAACUAAGAAACGCCAUAAAAGGAAAGACGGACCAAAAUUUGGAGAGGAUCGUCCGGAAGACGGAUUCGCCCUUUACCAUAGCCGUCCAGGAGUGCCCUGAUGACCCUAGGCCUCCAACAGCCCCUAACGAGAUCUUCUGUCGCUCAUUCCCUACGACCCUCAAAGGAGCAGCCAGGGAAUGGUUCAACAAGUUGCCAACAUCGUCCAUUGACAAUUUCGAGCAGUUGAGCAGCUCCUUUGUCCGUCACUUCGUGGGGGGACAGCGACCUAAGAGAACUGCCGACCACUUACUUACCAUCAAACAAGGAGAGAAGGAACCACUGAGGUCCUACGUGACACGCUUUACCCGAGGAAUGUUGGAAAUAGACGAGACAGAUGACAAGGUACAUCUCACAACCUUCAAAGCAGGAUUGAAGUCCAGGGAUUUUGUGGCAUCCUUGGCAAAGAACCCCCCUAAGACGAUGGCCGAGGCACUGUUAAAGGCUCAGAAGUACAUGAACGCGGAGGAAGCCCUGGCAGCUAUUGAUGGAGCAGAUAAGAAUAGGGAAAAGAAGAAAGAAAAGGAGGACGAUCGAAGAGGGCUAAAACGGGAACGGGCUGACAGACGGAAUGACGAUGGAAAUAGAAGGAGAGACGAUAAAAACAAUCGUCCAUCAAAGUUCACCCCGCUGGUGAUGCCAGUAGAUCAGAUUCUAACAGAAAUAAGGGACGAACCAUCCCUAAAGUGGCCAAAGCCACUCCAUUCAGCACCUGGAUUACGUGACAAGAGGAAAUACUGCCGUUUCCAUAAGGAUCAUGGGCACUACACGGAGGACUGUAGGGACCUAAAAGAGCAGAUUGAAGAGCUCAUCCGUAAUGGGAAGCUACAACAGUAUGUAAAAAGGGGGGAUUUCGGUAGGUACGGGCAGAAAAGCCAGCCAGUGAGUGCACGAAGAGACGAAGAUCGUCCCCAACCUCGUCCACAGAACGCGCUAGGGGAGAUAAAGACCAUCGCCGGGGGACCAACCGCCGGAGGAUCAUUCAAGUCUCUCAGGAAGUCAUAUCAAAGACAGGUAAACAGCGUCCACAAUGUACCACCGUCAAAGCAAAGACGCACCAGUGAAGACUUGCAUUUCUCUAAGGAAGAUGCCAGAAGUGUGAAGCAACCCCAUGAUGACCCGCUCGUCAUUAUGAUCAUGAUCGAGGGGUUCAACACGCGAAGAGUCCUGGUCGACAGCGGAAGUUCAGCAGAUAUAAUCUAUCUCCCUGCUUUCCAACAACUAAAGCUGGACCCAUAA